AUGACAUCAUCGGCAUUAACACUAUUUCCUCGCGACGGCGAGAAGCCCGUCAGUAACUUCACCAAGAGUGGAGUGCCGGGGAUUAUUAUCGGGGUAGUCGUCUUUAUCGCACUAUGCAUCUGCUGCUUCUUCCUCUACCGCAAUCGACGACGAGAUGCCCGCGAAGCCAAGUCGGCUCGGACGUGGAAUGAUGAUGGGUAUGCAUGA